AUGACCUCUACUCAACAGGACCAUGUCGUUCUUCUCGUCGACAACGAAUUCUUUGAGAACUUGCCUCCCUGGGUCACUGAUAACUUCACCGUCACCCCAGGAGGCUACCACGAUGGCCAACCAUCUCGCAACAAAUUGGUCAUUUUCGAGGAUGGCAGCUACCUUGAAUUCUUCAACUGGUACGACACGCCACCUUCUCUGGAUAAAGAGAACUUGCCCAUGAGAUUCUGGGGACCAAAAACCCCUGGACUCAUCGACUUUGCCGUCACUGACACAUCCGCAUCCGCCGAGGAGUCGGUUGACGCCGCCAAUGAGCGGUUGGCCGCAGGGCCUGAGAAGGAUGCCAGCCUUGGUAUCAAAUUCGGCAAGCCUAUUGCUGGAUCUCGCAAGAAAGCCGAUGGUAUGGAGAUCAAGUGGAAAGUUACACGACCCGAAUUCUCCAAUGGUGAAAAGACUCCUGGCCCAAAGCACUUCGCCAACGGCAGAAUUGACGUUCCGUUCUUCUGUCACGAUGUGACCCCGCGUACCGGCAGGGUCCCAAGUCAGGACGUGGCCAAGACAACUCAUCCUUGCGGUGCCACGGGUAUCGCGGCGUGCGAGAUCCUCGUACCCAAAGACCUGCAGACUGAGUAUGCAGUCGUCUAUUCCAAGAUCCUGGGCUCUGAGCUCAAAGCUACUGGAGAGAAGAACUCUCACACACUUGACCUUGGCGUUCCCCAGGGACCUACUCGUUCCGCCGUAAUUGUCCGUGCUGCCGAGUCUGAACAUGACGUUAAGCGUAUGGAAGAAAGAGGAAUUGGCUUCUCCGACCUUGUCAUUGCCGUCAAAUCCCAUGGUCCCGGCGGCGAGAAAAAGCGCCAGUUGGGAUCCACUGGUAUCGAGUCCACCAUCUGGCUGGAGGAAGCUGAGUAG